AUGACAGGCUUAAAUUUCACUUCUAAUUUGGAGUUAGUCAAUAGUAGCGAGAUGUUAAAUGAUACUUGCCUUAAUUGUACUGUAAUUUUUCCUCGUAAUCUUGGAGCCCAGAUGUAUUCUACGGUAAUCAUUUCUCUCAUCGGCAUCGGUCUUAAUUUUGUUAUCUGUUAUGCUAUUAUAAAGAAGAAAUUACUCAACUCUUCCAUCUACGCCUUCAUUUUUAAUAUCAGUAUUUCCGAUAUUAUUACCUUAUUCGGUUUAAUUCUUUAUACAUUCAUUUCAAAUGUUCGCCAAGGCGAAGUUACUAUGCUACACCAUAUUGUUUGUAAAUGUACAACAUUUAUAUUAAGUAUGAGCUUUACUGUUUCUAUUCUGUGCUUAGCAGCUUUAGCAAUCGAUCGUUACUAUAUUAUGCAAGAUAAUCAAAUCUAUAAGCCAUCAUUAAAAGGAAAUAGACGAAUUAAAAUAGUAAUAGUACUUAUUUGGAUUUAUGCUGCUGCAACCAACAGUCCUCAACUCCAUUUACUACAAGUUACUGCUGAUGGCACUUGUGAUAUUUACUAUUACGGCGAUAAUUAUAAUUUACCCUAUUUUGUUGCUGUUUUAAUAUCGAAUUUUUGUCUUCCUGUAGUAGUUAUGAUCGUAACUUAUAGAAAAAUCAUCUUACGUCUAAAGGUAACCGUAGUUAAUAGCCAUCUCGAUUCUUCUGCUUCUUCCUAUAGAGAUAAUUUCCAAGUGUACCGAAGACGUACAAUAUCUACUAUUAAAAUGAUUGUAGUUGCUUCUGUAGUCUAUAUGAUAACAUCUUUUCCAGUACCUAUUAUUAUGGUAGCUGCUGCAGCCAAAAAAAUGACAAUAGCAGAAUUACGUCAUAAUGUUCAUCCAGUUUUAUCUUCGUUGAUUACAGUUGGCUUAGCGAUUUCAGUCCUUUGCUGUAUACAAAAUCCGAUCAUAUAUUUAAUAUUUAAUAGUGCAUUACGAGACGCUUUGCCUAAAUGGUGCUGCUGUUGUAAAUCUUGUAAUAAGUAUGAAGAUGAUGGCAAUACAAUAAUUAUCCAAGGAAAUAUUUUCUCUUUUACUGAUUGUAGUUUAGUUAACAACUUGCUUCGAUAG